UCAAGUUCUAGUUUCACUAGUUCCAGCCUUCUCCCACCGUUCCUUGGGUAUAAACUUCCCCGGAUUUCACUUCUUUCAAACUGGGUACUGCCAGGGUCCUAAAUGGCCGUUGAAAAGGAAAAAGGGACGUGCUGAGACAGCAGCCUACGUCCCUGCGCAUGUGCAGUGACCCGAGCGGAGAGUCCCGGGCGUGGCCUGAGCGUGGAGCUUUCGCGCGUGCGCUCAUCUCCCUCCGUGCGGCUGCAGCUGGGAAGCUACUGGAGUAUGUCGGCCCCGUUUGAGGAGCGCAGUGGGGUGGUUCCGUGUGGGACGCCGUGGGGCCAGUGGUACCAGACCUUGGAGGAGGUGUUCAUUGAAGUUCAGGUGCCGCCUGGCACUCGCGCCCAGGAUAUCCAGUGCGGCCUGCAGAGCCGGCAUGUGGCGCUGGCCGUGGGUGGUCGCGAGAUCCUCAAGGGCAAGCUCUUUGAUUCUACAAUAGCUGAUGAGGGAACAUGGACUUUGGAGGACAGAAAAAUGGUCCGUAUUGUUCUUACAAAGACAAAGAGAGAUGCAGCAAAUUGCUGGACUUCUCUUCUAGAAUCCGAAUAUGCAGCUGAUCCUUGGGUACAAGACCAAAUGCAGAGAAAACUCACAUUAGAGAGAUUCCAGAAAGAAAAUCCUGGUUUUGACUUCAGUGGAGCAGAAAUCUCAGGAAACUACACUAAAGGUAUGUGCAGACUGGCUACAACAAAGCCUUUGCCUGAAUUUGAAUCCUAACUCCAAGUACCAGUUCCAAUUGCCAAUCUAAGCAGACUAACACAAUACCUGGUAGUUAUCUGUCAUUACCAACCACCUUGCUGGGAUGCCAUUUAAGGUAAGACAGUUUGCACAGAACUUCAGGUGGGCGGAAUAUAAGGGUGAAUUUGUAUUGAGAACAUCCAUAGUAGUGAUGAAUCUAAAUGACACGUUACCAAUACUGCAUCAACACCAACUUUUUAAUGCACAUUAAACAUAUUUGUCCUAAUUUUGUGUCUUCUGAAAAGCCAUUAGAAAGUAAAGCAUGAAUUGGGUAAUAGCCAUACUAUUAAUAGAGAUUUUGAUUCUGCUAUCAUGCAUCUUCCUGCUAAAUUUAAAUAUACUGAAUGGAGAUAGCUCUUCAUUGUGGUUCUGGUAUCACAUUGCCAAACCAGUUAAAUCAGAACAGAAACAAACAGAAACUACCCAGCAAAAGAAUGCAUUUCAAUAACUUUAUUGAAAGGUGUAUCCCUUAGUACCAAAACAUAAUGGUAGUUGGUUAGGCUACCUCUGCCAACUCAGAAUUAACACUGAUGUAGUCAAAUUAUUGAAAUAUAUCAGCCUUUUGGGAAAACUGAAGUUAUCCACAAAAUACAGUUCACAAAAGUAUAAGAUACAUUGUGGUUCUUUGGUUUAUUUUCCAGUGCACAUUUACCCAUAGCAUGAUGUCAAAAUUGGGUACAGCCAUUGUGGAUGGACUCAGGCCACUUGCUGCACUGAGUAACUGUUUACAACACUUUUAAUGCUGUAGAUCUCCUUAUAGUCACUAACUUAAUAGAAAAUCUCGAAUACUACCUUGGCAACUUCAUAAAGAUGCCUACUUACUUUUUUAAAGACCUUCUUUUGGCACAGGAGGGGAAAUUAGUGAAAGUAUAUUCUCUUCCUUUAAAAAUUCUAAAUUAGAAGCAAUAGCAGUUUUUAUAAAACAGCCCUUAGUAAAAACUGGAGUGUUGAAUCAGCAAGUUUUUGGAGGGAAGUUACUUUGAAUCACUAACACACACCAAAAAAACAAAUUUUCUUGAUGGGAUUACAUAGAGGCAGUAGAUACUGUGUAAAUUUUAUCAUGGAUACAAACAUCACCUGUUUUUUAGAAAAAAUAUUAAAGUUAACUUAAUAUGCCAAAAUGAUUAGGCCUGUAGUUUUACUUAUAUAAAAUGCCUUCCAAUUUAAGUGUAAUUCCCAAAUUUCAAUAAACUCCAAUCUCUGGAUUAUCUAUUACUUGCACUACAGGUACCAAGAAACCAUUUUCACUGCCUGGAAUAGUGACCCUUGUUACGCCUUAAAAGUGCAUUUGUGAAAUGUUGGUUUUGAUGUGUAUCUCCUAAUUUAGAAUUUAAUUAGGUUACCACUUUUAAUACCACCUAAAUACAAUAUACUGACCCAAUAUAGAAGGUUGGGCCAGUGUUAGAAAU